AUGCCGGCCGGAGUGUCCAUGAAGGAGUACCUUAAGUUUACGUCCGCCGCAAUGCUGGCCAUGUUUGCCGGAUCCCAGCUAGUGCACCGGUACUACAACCCGCUGAAGGACCUCAACUACUACGUGGACCGGGAAAUCAAGGAGCAACGGUUACGGAAGGUCGACGCACCGGAAGGGCAAGGUAAUUAGACGCGGGGCGAGAGGGAUAAUAAAAAUGUAUAUUUAAUGCACAAUACGUUA